AUGCCAUCCACCAUCCUCCCCUCAACCGAACAUGGCUUCCUUCCAUACUACCUCCUCCUGGUCUCCCUAACCGCCCUAACCCACACCCUCGUAACCUACAUCAACCCCACCGCAUCCCUAAAACAAUUCUCCGGCCCCCUCGCACCGCCCAAAACCCGCCUCCUCGCACACGUCUACGGCAUCAAGAACGUCUACAGCUGUUUGAUUCGGCUGUAUGCGGCGUAUCAGAUCACGAAUGGAGCGCUGUAUGAUCUUGCGUUGGUGACUUUUUUGGGCGUGUUGGUGCUUUUUGGGAGUGAGUUGUUGGUGUGGAGGACGGUUCGGAUCCAGGAGGGCGUUUUUCCGUUUAUUACUGCCGGGGUCGGGGUGGUUUGGAUGGUUAGUGGGAGGGGGGACUAUCUUGCUUAG